GUGAGCUUUUGUUAAUUUUUACCCGUUGGGUUUGCUUAUUAGCUUAUAUGUUCUCUUAGAACUGUAUAUUUGAAUGAUUUUAGCUGUUAUGUUACUGGGAACACUGUGCUUGGUGGAGUUAUUAUCCCCAGCCACUCAUACCUUAUCAUUUUGGCUUAGAAAAAUGCCCAACACACCGGACAAGUUAGCACAUUUUUCAACACUAUCUCUACCCAAUAUAUCAUAGAAAAUGUGGUGUUGGCCCUUCACAUUCUCUUACAACAUGCUUUUGUUAUAUUUGCAACGACACAUUGAUUUGGGUGUAGUAUUGCUCAUUUUGCUUAUGCGGCACUAAAUUGUGCCAGAAUGUAAAGCUAGAUUCCCUAUUGAUUGCUGAGAACGCUUGACCUCUACAGACUAAUGGUUGGUUGCUAUCUUCAGCCGAGCGAGAUAGAGUGGCCUUGGUUUUGUUUAUCAUGUACCUUUACUUUCCAUUUGGUGGAGUAUUUUGAUUCUCCUUUCCAUUUUUUGGGUGAAGAACUAGCUCUUAUACUUCAUCUUACCUCUUGUUAUGAGGUUCUGCUAGGAAUAGAAGGCGCCCUUUUACCAGAAAGGUGCAGAAAAGUUACAGUUCUGUGAAGAUAACUUGACGAAAGUUUGGCCAUGUCAAGAGCUAGGACAGUUUUCCAAAUUUGUUUGCAUGCUGUGAAUAGGCAUGAUUCUUGUACUGGAUCUUCACAAUUACAUAUGCACAGUAUGAAUAUUUCAAAGUUGAGGUGGAAUUGCUUUCAAACAGCAUUAUUUCUCAAUGAAGGCAAGAAUCAGAAGGCAAAAACCUUAACCUUACAUCAUUCAGUGGAGGAAACUGCUGCUUUGUUCCCAUUCUCUUUUCAUGAGAUUAAGCAACGCAGGAAUAGCUUUUCUAAAAAAAAUUAUUCAUCCUUGAAUUUACAGCAUCGCUUUCUCCCUUGUGGUUCACAGUUUUGUUGUCGUUCCUACUCAUCAGAUGCAAGCAGCAAAGCAAAUGGCCUUCAAACUGCCACUCCAAAUGAUUUUGCAAAAGAAACAGCAGAGAAAAUUACUAAUUCUGAGUGGAGUGAUAUUUUGAAUGAUGCCCAUCAGUCUGUGGUGGGUGCUUUUUCUUAUGUAGGAAGAAGGGCAAAGGAGGUUUCAGAUGAAGUAAGUCCUUACAUGCAACAACUGUAUUAUUCACAUCCAUUUCUGGAGAAAGUGAUAGUACCCGUUGGUGGCACCAUGGCAGCAACCUUGCUAGCUUGGUUUAUCAUGCCUAGGAUUUUUAGGAAAUUUAACAAGUAUGCGAGUAGGAAUCCUCUUGCAUUAUUAUCGGGAGGAUCAACUGUGGAAGAAAUUCCUUAUGAGAAAAGUGUAUGGAGUGCUUUGGAAGACCCUGCUAGAUAUCUUAUUACUUUCCUGGCAUUUUACGAGUUAGGUAUAAUUAUUGCACCAACUACUGCACAAUAUCUACCUCAAGCAUGGAGGGGUGCAGUUGUUCUUUCUCUUGUGUGGUUUCUCCAUAGAUGGAAAACUAAUGUUUUUACCCGUGCUAUGGAAAAGCCAUCUGUGGUUGGUCUUGAUCGAGACAAGCUCUUAACAUUAGAGAAAAUUUCUUCUACGGGCCUUCUUGUAUUAGGAGCAAUAGCUCUAGCUGAGGCGUGUGGUGUGGCUGUGCAGUCAAUUUUAACUGUUGGCGGCAUAGGAGGAGUGGCCACUGCUUUUGCAGCAAGAGACAUCCUUGGAAACAUACUUAGUGGUCUUUCUUUGCAAUUUUCAAAGCCCUUCUCACUUGGGGAUUAUAUAAAGGCUGGUUCAAUUGAAGGGCAAGUGGUAGAAAUGGGUCUGACAACCACAUGUCUUAUGAAUCCUGAAAAGUUUCCUGUCAUUGUUCCAAAUUCUUUAUUUUCCAGCCAGGUAAUUGUGAAUAAAUCACGUGCAAAGUUACGUGCCUGCAUGAAGAAUAUCGCUAUUCAAAUUGAUGAUUUACAGAAGGUUCCUUAUGUCACUGAGGAGAUAAAAUCAAUGCUUUGUUCUAAUCCAAGUGUAUCCUUGGAAAAGGAUACCCCAUAUUGCUUCCUCUCUCGCAUUGAAAAUUCGUUCUUUGAACUUACUCUUGGAUGCAAUCUCAAAAAUAUGAAAAAAGAUGAGCUAUAUGCAACAGAGCAAAAUAUUCUGCUGCAAGCGGCAACAAUUAUUAAUAAGCAUGGAGCUAAAAUUGGCUGCAACUUAUGAUUUCUACAGCAACUGAUUUGGAAAGAACAGUUUAUGCUCAAGAGUUCUCAAACAAUUCUGCUUUGCAGUCAUGAUGUCAGUAACCAGAUAUCACUAUUUUGUGAUGCAAUUACAUAGGCAUAAAAAAAAUUUGUUUUUUGUUGUUCAAAAUCUCAUCUUUGAACAUACUGAAAACAUUUGAAAAGACUUUUCGUUAAGAAUUUGUGAUGCAGUUUUGUAUCUACACAAGCCCUGUCUUCUAUAAAUUGUUGGAGUUUGCUCCAAAUCUCGUCUUCCAAAUUAAUUUUUAUAACUGCACCUGUAGUUAGAAACAAUCCUUAUGCCUUUAAUAAUGCAAUUGAUUUGCUCA